GCGUGUUAGGGCCCGUUCGUGACGUGUUUCGGCAUUUGCGUUAUUGUUGGUCCGUGGAAAAAUUUCUAUUGUCGAAAUGCUUUCGCGCUGAAAAACCAUUGUAUAUCUCCAUCACGUUGCCGCGGUGCACGUGACUUUUGGACGACGGCGGCGGUGGCGGUGGUUGUAGGUCCUUCUUUUCUCCUAGCUACCGGCAAGCCCGUCCUCAAGCUUACGAUACGAUAUCUCUUGCGCAGACUACGACGACGUGUGGAGGGCGCGAUGUUCAGACUUGCCUCCGCACUUUGUCAUUAGACACACACAUGUCUAUUGAUAAUUUAUUCGUUGGGUUCUUCAUUGAACAACUGUAAAAUUAAGCUAAAAAGGGCAGGUAAUAUGUAUCGACGACACGAGUCGCUCAUCAGUCAGGUGACCAAAACGGCAGAUGACGUGCCUAUGAUCGUGACUAGAUUGGCGAGCACGGAAAAGAAUGACAUUGAUUACUAUCCAUUUUCACAAGUACUGCGAAUACGUGUUCUACAGAUCGUUUGUGGUAUACUUGCAGUCGUCAUGGGCAGCGUAGCUUGCAUAGAAGAGAAAGGUUCAUUUGGCAACCUCGGGCUGGGCAUACCGACCGGACUCAGUACCGUACUCGCUGCAGCGUUCAGCAUCCACACCAGCCGUCUGUUCAGCGGAUACCGGGACACGCUGAUGUCGUCUUCCGGUCAUCCGAGAGUCUCUGUGCUCCGCCUUUUGGGGCCCACCACGCAAUCGGCAAUCGCCGUCGGUAUUUUCUGGCUGCUCGCCCUCACACUGAACGCGGUCUUGUUCACGCGGGCCGGACGUACGCUGUUCAACCACGACAAUUCGACCAGCUCUAACCCGACGUUGUUUUGGAUGGCUAUCGUUCAUUUGAUACUGACGUCUCUCAUCCUGUUCGCGGUGGGAGCGAUCGCUUGGCUGGACUGCCAUCACGACCCAGACUGACAAGAGCUGUACACGGGCCAUCGUCCCGCCGAGCUACCGAUGACGUCGUCUCGGCCGACGACCAGCAGCUCCGUGACCAUCAGCAUGACGACGUUUGCGUCCGACCCGCAAUCGUCAUCCGUCGGCCAUCGACUCACGCCCGGGCCAAGCCUGUUGGUCAGGUCCUGUUAGCACGGCCACAAGACGACGACCCGGAAUCCCGUUUUUUUCCGGACGCCGUCACGGCGAUGACGAUUUUGAUAUAGCGUGUUAAUAUUAUGAGUCGAUUUGGGGGAGGGGGGAAGUUGCAGCAUUCGCCGGAACGACCGUCCGACGAUAGCGACACGAAAACGAAUACAUUUUAGUCAUUUGUCGUUGUCGUUUAAUUUCUUUCUUUUUUUAACAUUUUUUUUUCCUUUCUGAUCGCUACCGUUUUAUUACUGUUUCAACAAUGCACGCGCCAUCAUUGUACGAUUUUUAUGCGAAACGAUCGGAUGUACCCAAACGUUGUGGAUACGAAUUCCACAUAAAUUAAAUUAGUUUAAGUUUUAAAAAAUGUUAGAAAAAAGUCUGAAUUAGAUUAAAAACGAGAGGACACUCGUGACUGCAAACGAGUUUUCUGAAUUACUCGCGUGUACAGUAAUUGUUUAAGUGUUAUUUUGAUUUGUAUCAAAAAUUGUGUCGAAAUACAUUUUCAUUUUCAGUUUGUUUUUUUUUUCUUUUAU